AGUCGAUGUCCACGCAGGAACCGAUCACAAAUUUAGAACGCUUGGACCUCAAAGGGCAAAGAGAAGCGAUACUCAUACUAGCGGCUCUGACGAACGGCGACGUCCGCAUGUAUCGCGGGAAGGAUUUAGUGGACGUCUUGCGGGUAGGGGAACGCAUAGCAGCGUUAGCGUGCGGUCCGUACUCUAGGGAAGUCAAUACGUUAUGCCUCGUCACGAAAGCAGGUGGUUUGAUCGUGAAGAUGUUACCUCGGAGACAUGAGUUAGCAACAGCGACCUAUGGCGGCGGCCCCCCACCGGAGCAGGACAUUCCGCUGGAUAUCCCGAAGAAGACGAAACUCUACUUAGAUCAAACGGAAAGGGAACGAGAAAUGGCCCCCGAGAUGCACCGGCGGUUUCAACAGGAGACCGUCAACUUACAAGUAACAACAGCAAAGGCCUACCUGGAGUUGUUGCAAAGGGGCGAGAUCGCCGGCGCUUCCGUGCCACCGAAGGAGGAGGAUACCAAGGAGGAGGAGGAGGACAAGGUGCUGGUCGAUCUAAGGGCGGUCGUCAAGGGUCUCGGGCCGUUCUUCCACCUCGAGGUCGAGGUGGCGAAUCUCGGGGACGAAUCCUUACUCCAAAUACCGAUAUUGUUGAGUUACAAUCCGGAGAAGUACAAGUCGCCGAAGCCGCUCAUCCAGAUCGGGGCGCUCGUUCCGGGCAUACCUCUCAAGUGCAUCUUCGAGCUGGAGUGCCUGGAUACAUCGGCCGUCGAUCAAGAAAUAGAGAUCCAGGUCCUGCCGUCACAAUUGGAAGACGUGUUGCGGGAGACCGAUAGACUGGAAUCUGACGUGAACUUUUCCGCACUAGUCAUGAGCCGCGUGACGAUGCCGCAAUCUAGCCUGUUAUAAC